AUGGCAUGGUUCUCAGUGCUUUACGUGCAUCAACUCACUGAAAAGAGUGGGGCAGCCCUGUGAAGUAGGUCGCCUUUAAGCCCAGGCUCGCGCGGCUGGAGUGUGCUUUCGCCGUUCGGGAGCCUUGAAGCCCGGUACCUUCGCUUCUCCUUGCGCUCUCCGCGCCUUUCGGCUCUUCUGCGCUCCUGGAGCCAGCUAGGCUGGGACCCGCGCGCCGUGCGUUCGGGCAUGCCCCGCUACGAGCUGGCUUUGAUCCUGAAAGCCAUGCAGCGGCCAGAGACUGCUGCUGCUUUGAAACGGACAAUAGAAGCACUGAUGGACAGAGGAGCGAUAGUAAGGAAUUUGGAAAACCUGGGUGAACGAGCACUUCCUUAUAAGAUCUCCAGCCACAGUCAGAAGCAUACAAGAGGAGGGUAUUUCUUGGUGGAUUUUUAUGCACCAACAACAACUGUUGAGAGCAUAAUGGAACACCUGUCUCGAGACAUUGAUGUCAUUAGACCAAAUGUUGUGAAGCACCCACUAACGCAGGAAGUAAAGGAAUGUGAAGGGAUUGUCCCAGUCCCACUGGAAGAAAAAUUAUAUUUCAUAAAGAAGAAGAAGUGA